AUUUUUAUGGUCUGGAGUUCUCCUUUAAAUAUUAACCUGCUUAUUUAUGGAUACACAGGUCCACUUAAAGAAAUUCCUCCAGAAAAAUUCAAUGAGACUGCUGUUCCUAAGUAUUACAUGUCUCCUUGGCAAGAGGCAAUUGUGAAUGACCCAGAUCUGCUAGAAGCUCUAUAUCCUAAAAUGCCCACCCUGGGAAACAAUGUGGAAGCUCCAGACUACAGAAGUUUUAACAGGGCUGCAACUCCAUUUGGGGGAUUUGAAAACGCAUCCAAAAUGAUCACCUUCAAGGUUCCAGAAUUUCACCUUCCUUCUGUGAACGACCUUAUGUUUGACAUGUCUAUAGAUCCUAUCAGGGCAAGAAAGUCCUUUAACAGAGCACCGCAAGGAUGGACAUCGGAAAACCCCCAUAUUAUAGUCUCUUCUGAUUUAAUCUUCAACCCUGAUGUCCCAGAAUCUGAUGAUCUAUAAAAUCUCUAAAGUGAAAUCUUAAGUCAAGAAUGUUUCUUUCCCAUGUACAAUAGCUUAGUUAUGGAUUUUAUGUUUCUCAUUUAUAUAUUGCAGCCUCUAGCAAUACCUGCUUUUCAGAAUAUAUCAUGUUUUAUUUUUUUAACUGGCAUGUUCAGUCCUGUGAUGGUAAAUUGUGGCCUUUGAUCUCUACUUGUUAUCAAUAAAUGUAAUCAAUAAAUCAUAGC